AUGAACGAGGCCUUCCCGCCUGGCCUGCCCCGUGCCCCCGAUCCCCUGCCCCAGAACUGUCACAUCAAAAAACCCCGGCUGAUCUGGUAUGAUCGAAUCCGCCAAGGGACCCAGCUAAAUGCCAUCGUAGAGGCUGUUCUCCUACAAGCCGCCGUCUGCGAGCUUCUCGUAAAACAUCCGCACCCCAACAUUGCCGCCUACCUCGGCUGCCAGGUCUCGCAAGGAAGAAUCACGGGUCUCUGUUUUGCGGCAUACCAGUGCACGCUGAUGCCACAAGUCAACCGGGCACCGGCAUCGAGCGACGUCAUGCUCGACGGCCGCGGCGAGGCCGUCAUCAUCGACUUUGGCUCCUGCAAGCGGGUGGGUGAGAGCCUGGAGGGCGCUAGCCGCACGUACGAGCGGUACGACGAGCGGGUUGGCACGGCUCGGCUGCAGAACGAUCUUGACGCCUUGGCUGAGAUGCGCACGCGGCUGGGUGACGGCGCAAGGCCGUUCCUGUUUGGCGAAUAG